UCACUGGUUGCAUCGAAACACUGGAGAACACAGGGAGCCUCAUCACAGUGCAUGAGUGGAACAUGAAAUGAACACAAGUCUGAAAGGAAAACACUAACGGAACCUUCUCAGAGCUUUAAAGCGACUUCUCUGCACCAGCUUCAGUGAGGACCCUGUGCUGCCGGCAGGUUCGUGCGGUACACACGGUGGAUGUGUGCGUGGUGCAGGUACUGCUGACGAUGAGGACCUUGCAGGACUACGACAGGAGCCGCUUGAGUUUGGAGAAGUGGUUCUACUCGCAGAGUAACCCUUAAUGAACCCCAGGGGGGCAGUUAAACCAUGCUUUGACUUUGACUUCUGACUGGAGAGUGAGGCAGAAAACGUCAUAACCUAUACUGAAGAAAAGGUCCUUGGGAUUAGUGGAGAGACAGCAGAGAGGCCUGGUAUCCCAACCACUGGUUUGUCUUGACUGGGCCAAGUGGCAUGAGUGUGGGAAAGACCCCUCGCUACAACGUCGUGUCAUCGUCGGAGGAGGACGUCCAUCACCACGGCAACAUGCCUGCCCUCGGCAAUGGCUUUGGAAAUGGUAAGAUCCAGACGCGGCGAAAGCCACGCAGCCGCUUCGUUAACAAAACCGGACAGUGUAACGUCAGCUUUACACAUAUGGAAGAGCAAUCACAGCGCUACUUGGCCGACAUCUUCACGACCUGCGUGGACAUCCGUUGGCGCUGGAUGUUUUUUCUCUUCUCUCUCGCUUUCAUUCUGUCCUGGCUGGUGUUCGGUUUCAUUUUCUGGCUCAUUGCUCUCGUACAUGGCGACUUUGACAGAACCUCCAGUGAAGAGUUCACACCCUGUAUCAUGCAGGUCAACAGUUUUGUGGCAGCCUUUCUGUUCUCGGUCGAGACUCAGACCACGAUUGGUUACGGCUUCCGCUGCGUGACUGAAGAGUGUCCGCUGGCUGUAUUUAUGGUUGUUGUACAGUCUAUUUUGGGUUGCAUCAUAGACGCUUUCAUGAUAGGUGCCAUCAUGGCCAAAAUGGCCCGACCCAAAAAGCGUGCACAGACGUUGCUAUUUUCGCACAACGCCGUCAUCGCGAUGCGUGACGGAAAGCUGUCCUUGAUGUGGCGCGUUGGAAACCUGCGAAAAAGUCACAUCGUGGAGGCUCACGUCCGAGCACAGCUGAUCAAGCCCAGAGUGACGGAAGAGGGCGAGUACAUCCCGCUUGACCAGAUUGACAUCAAUGUUGGCUACGACAAAGGAAUCGAUCGUAUCUUCCUUGUCUCUCCUCUGACCAUCAUCCAUGAGAUAAACGAGGAGAGCCCACUGUUUGGAAUCAGCAAACAGGAUCUGAUCAGUGAAGACUUUGAGAUCGUGGUGAUCCUCGAGGGGAUGGUUGAAGCCACAGCGAUGACCGCUCAGGUGCGCAGCUCUUACCUGUCCAGCGAAAUCUUAUGGGGGCAUCGCUUCGAGCCAGUAGUGUUUGAGGAGAAGAACCACUACAAGGUAGACUUUACGCACUUCCACAAGACUUAUGAGGUGCCCUCUACACCAUCCUGCAGCGCCAAAGACAUUGAGGACAGCAAGUCCUUGCACUCUAGCUCUAAUUUCUGUUACGAGAACGAGUUGGCGUUCAGCAGGGAGGAAGACGAGGAGGAUGGUAUAAGGGGAAUUUUGGGGACUGAGAUGGAAACCCUAUCAGCCAGCCUGAACUCUGACCAGAGAUCGCACCAUAAAGAGUCUGAGAUAUGAUCUCGGACACGGCUGCCCCCUUUGACGUUCAUCUCUAGAGAGUUUUAUUUUAACGUAGAUCUGGUCCGUCCCUUUAGUUUUGGCUUGAACUGACAGAUACAAAGCAAAGCAAGUGCCAAUAUGAACCACUGACCCCCGCUGACUUAGUGCCAUGGUGUAGCCAAGGGCAGGCGUCGGUAUGACUGUUGCUGGAUGGCCUUCCUGUAGGAAAACUUGAAUUAGGAUUCCUUGUUUCAUGCUGUAGUUUGCAGUGAUAGCUUUAAUUGAUAUCGUAAUGCAAUACCGAGCUAUCCUGGGUGCCAAAAUCUGGUCAGACACACCUACUGCUAGGUACUUUUGGUACCUUCUCUUAAUUUUGUAGAAUUUCCCCCCUGAAAUAGAACCUUCUUACACCAUCAUACACUCAUCAGCACAACAAUUAACAUAAUCUAGAAUCACAAUCCCUUUCGUUCGGUAGAACUCAAAGCAAUAAAAUGAACCCUAAUAAUAACAAUAAUAAAAGAUUUGUUGUAUGUUGUAGCACUCACCAACAUUUUGGUUAAACAAAAAGUGAUUUGAAAUCUUUUUUUUUGUUUCCCCAACAUCAACACUAGAAAACAUUGAAUUGACAUUCAUUUAAAGAAAAUGAGAUGGCACCCAGGCUAGCAGAUAGCUAGAAAUCUUAGUGUCUUAUAUCUUCAGAAGUGUGUAAAUUAACCUGUGUGUGUGUGCGUGUGUGUGUGUGUUUUAAAAAUCAGCAUUUUUCUAGAAACCGUUUACCCUCCACACACACACGACUCCAUCCAGCUCCGAACACACACUCGUUCAUGCUCAGGAUGCACUCUCUUGCACAGCAUGCGAAGCUCAGAAAGGACGAAUGUCGGUUGCGUCAAAAUCAGGACUGUUUAAUUGCACCAAAAUUACAUGGCAGUGCAAAUGAUUGAGCAGGAUAUCUCUCAUAUUAUAUAUAUAUCACUUCUGAACACUAUAUCGGAUGCGUUUGAGCUUCGAGCUUUGAUUGGAGGCUGCUUGCACAAUAACGAAAGGUAACACUAUAAUGAUGACAAUUGAAAACAAAAAAAAACCUGAAAUUGAAACCAAAUAGAAAGAAAUAUCCAUAUCAUGACUACCAGGCCUUGAAGACAAUGAGCAGGACUCAUGGUUUAAAGGCUUAUUAAUGUACAAGGGCACAGUGCAAUACGGAGCAUUACUCUUCCGCUAAGUGAUGAUGAUGAUGAUGAUGAUGCAGUGCUUAAAGAUAGCUCUACAUCUGGUCAAUGAGGAAGUGUCUAACAGUCAGACUGAAGGACUGUGGAAUAUCAGAAAUCUCUAUAACAUGUUACAAAGUAUUCCGAUAAGCUUACAAGCAUAUAUUUUUACCCACACAUGAUCAUAUUUUACCCUCACCUGUGACUUUAAUCCUCUAUAACAUCUGAUCACAUGAGAAACAAUGGGAAGUGCAUUUUUGUUCAUAAACUAAUAGAAAUCCUCUAAAAAUUGCACAUGUAAAAUUGCCCAUGUUUUUUUAAUAGCGGAUGUGCAAAUGAAUGAACCUUGUGUAGAAAAUCACACAAGAAUCAUUGAAAAACUCACACGAAAAAAAAAAAAUCAUGUGAAUAUUUUGAAUCACAUGUGGAAAUAAAUCAUCCAUGUGAACCAUUUCUUUAAAAUCACAUGCAGAAAUCAAUGAAGAAUAAUAAAAAAAAAAAAUCACAUAUUUUUCUAAAUCACAUGUCAAAAUAAAUGACUAAUAGAAAUCACACGUGAAUUAUUUUUUAUAAUAUAUAUCACGUGGAAAUAUAUAAAUCAUUAAAAAAAAAACACGUGAAAAUAAUUGACGAACAAAUCACAUGUGAAUUGUUUUCUUUUUUUAAUUAGGUGUAAAAAAAUAAAUUAUUCUUGAAAAAAUGUCAUGUGAAAGGAAAUAAUUGAUAUGAAAAAUGAAAAUGAAAAAUAUGAAAGAAAAAUCACAUACGAAAAUACAAGAAUAAUAAUUUUACACGUGGAAAUAAAUGACUCAUGUAACAAAUCACAUGUGAAUUGUUUGGUUUUUUUUAAUUGUGUGUGAAAAUAAAUGAAUCUUGCAAAAAAAAAAAAUCUCAUCUGAAAGGAAAUGAAUCACUAAUGAAAAUACAGGAAUCAUAAAAAAAAAAAAAAUCACAUGUGGAAAUAAAUGAAUAACAAAAAUCACGUGUGAAUUGUUUUGGAAAAUUAUCGUGUGAAAAUUAAUGAAUCAUAAAAAAAAUAAAAAAAAUCCAAUGUGAAAAGAAAUGAAUCAUUAUUCCUUAGUCUUUUUUUUUAAAUGACAUUUUAGAAAUCACAUGUGAAAAUAAAUCAUCGACUAAAAAAAAUAAAUAAAAAAAAUCAACUGAGAAUUAUUUCUAAAAUUACGUGUGAAAAUAAACGAAUAAAAAUCCCAUGUGAAAGGAAAUGAAUCAAUGACAAAAAAAAAAAAUCACAUGGAAAUACACGUGUGAAUUGUUUUGGAAAAUAAAUGAAUCGUUAACAGAAUCACGCGAGUCCUUAAAAUCAUAUAAAAUCACUUUUAGAGAUCACAUAAAUAAAUCAUCGAGCAAAAAAAUCACCUGAGAAUCAUUUGACAAUAAAUGAAUCACAGAUAAAGAAAAAUUUAAAAAAUCCAUAUGUAAAAAAAGCUUUCACACGUGUGUAUUUUUUCACACGUGACUCAUGAGUUCAUUUUCCGUAAGGCUUAUCAGCAACAUCCCAGUUUAGGUAAUACACAACAUCCCCACACACUCUAAACUCCUGCUGCUAUUACUGCCGAGCGUGAUGAUGAUCUCCCAGAUACCUCGCUCUCUUUUAAAAAUUACACAAAGGUCGGGGCGGGGCUGGCGGCACACGGAGACGUGCGAAACAAAGGAGAAAUAAAUGAGCAGAGAGUUCACCCACUCACCCCAUCCAUCACUUCUCUCUGUGGGAGAAAACGAGUGUGCCUGAUUAAAUAAAGAAGGCAUUAUGUAAGAUAAUUUUAAUAAAUUAAACGGCUCGCAGAGACAGAUCACAAGCAGGCUCGUUCUCUAAAAGAGAGGGAGAAGAGAGAAAAAGAAGGUAGUGAAGCACCAGGCCUUCCUCGUGUUCAUCCGUACAAACCUGGAUAUCAGUCUGCUAUUUAUGAAAACUUCUCACAGUCUGGGAAACUGGUUCAUGGUAAUUCAGAAACUUGCUGGCUGGAGGAUGACAAAAAUUCAUUCCUUACAGUGUCUUCCUUUCAUUUUUUUAAACCAAUCAAUUAUAGUACACAAUGAUCUCUAAUAUUAUGACCCUCUUAGUGAUAGAUAUUCAGAUAAAGAGACCAAUUUAUUCAUUCCUUCAUCUUCCAGUAAGCACAUCUUGUUUUUUUGUCCCUAGUCAGGGUUGUAGUGGAAUCCGGAGCUUAUCCCAGGAAUAGAGCCGAGAUAGAACAUCGGUUUAGCUUUUCCACCUAGCGCCAUGUUUCUGGGAAGUCCGAGAAAGCUGGAGAACUUACUAGAAACUUGCACAGACAUGAGAAGUAACCCGAGCUCAGGAUCGAGCCAGGAACCUUGGAGCUGGCGGCCAAGCUGUCCGCUGUAAAAAUAAAUCAAACCGUAAAUAUGCUUAUAGGCAGAAAUAUAAAUUAGAUUUAUUUAUUUAAUUAAUUAAUUAGAAAUCCAACUUCCCUGAUCCGACUUUCACUGAUGAAAUGUUGAUUUCUCCACAAUCGUUAUGGACGGUAGCAAUGAAAAUAAACCUGAGACGAGGAUAAAUCCUCGUCAAGGUCAGCUCUCGUCCCAAUCUGAUCUACUCUAGUCAGCAACGUCUUCUUAAUCAAACCACAACAGAUGAAGGCUGCAUAUGGUUCUUAGGAGGCUAUGUGGAUUUGCGCAGAGAUCUUGCCGUUCGGGUUUUAUUAGUGACUCUCACCCACAUGACAUAUCCUGCCCGUGUUGGGCAACCAUCUGCGAAACCAUCCUUUAAAUAACAUAAUCAGAAUCAGAGACAGACGAAUCGGCUGAAUGUAAAGCCCAUGGCAGUAGCAACAUAGUCACAGCGCAAAAGCUGCUACAGAGACAAUCAGUCAGACACAAAGCCUGUAUCUCUGCAAACAUUAACAAAGGUUUAAGAGGGAUUUACAGUCACACGGUAUAAGGGAUUAGACGUCUAUGCAUAUUCAUUCUAAUAUUUAUGCUAUAGAUAAAAAUAGCCUUUUAAGCUCUCUGGAGGAGGAGGACGAUAAGUAAAUAUUAAUGAAUACAGUGUGAGAUUUAAUCAUAAUCUAUCCGUCUCAUACCAAGACUCGUUUAGACUCAUAUGUACACGUGCCAAAUCUAAACGCUCACUUCCUAUUUCUAUACUCUUCUAUUUCUUCUAUGUUCUAUUAGAAAUUCUAAUGAAAAACAAAAGCCACAAUCGAAUAUGCAACGUGUAAGGAAAGAUUUCGAGUUGCGAGUGGAAGAAGUCUCAUUCUGUGUUUCAGAUUAGUUUGUAAAACGUAACAGAUAUAUUGUUAUUUAGAACCAAAAUUGUUCAGAAAUCAUUUUUCAAAAAUGAAUCCAAAGCUCGUAUGAUUCACGGACUAUAAUGCAUGAACAGUAGUUCAUCUCUCUUUUUGUUUUGUUUUGUUUUGUUUUUCUUUCUUUUUUUUAAUAAAAAAUCAGUCAUAGAUGUCUUCCUUCAGAUUUCAAGAUCUACAUAUUUACCUUUGUAUUUUAAGAGCCAUCUGAAAAUACACUGGAUGCAAAAUGAGGUCUGAAAUUAAACAGGAUGUGAUCAACUUGA